AUGGCUAGGGGACCAGAAAAAUAUCUGUCUUUGAUUGGAUUCAGCGUCAUCUGUCUUAAAAUGGUUGUUUCAGCUAAGACAGCUCCUGAAAUACCCACUAUUGACCAGGCAUAUUCAAAACUCAGCAACAGUAUCACUGUAGAAUGGGCCACAGUGCCAGGGGCUACCAGUUACCUGCUCACAGCUGAAGAUGGAGACACAGUCAUUGAGACCAUGGUGGCCAAUUCCCCAGGCACUGUGACAGGCCUGAAGGCUGCCACCUUGUAUCAAAUCACCAUCAGAUCCAUCAGUGCGGCUGGAAGAAGUCAGGCAUCACGUCCGAAGCAGGCAAAGACAGUGUUGGCAGCACCAGUUCUAGAAGUAAGCUCUCCAGGUCCAGAUUCCAUCCUUGUGCAGUGGGAAGCUGUAUAUAUGGCCAUUGGGUUCUCUGUUUCCAUUAUGCAAGCCAAUGGUUUGGGUAGGAUUUGGAAAGAGAAUACUACAAACACCUCCUUGACCUUCAGCAGCUUAGAUGCGGGGACUCUCUACACGAUAAAAGCUUAUGCCUGGAAUGCCAAUGGAAUCCCUGGGGAUGACUCCACCUGCAACCAGAGAACAAGUCCUCGUGCUCCUGUCAACAUCCAAGUGUCUUUUGACAGUGGGGCUUUGAAGGCGUCUGUUUCAUGGACCCCGACAGAAGGGGCUUUCAAUUAUACUGUGAAGGCACUGAGUGACUCUUCUGAGCAGAGCUGUAGCACAACUUUAAGCUCCUGCAGCAUCUCUUCCCUGCAGUGUGGCACUGAAUACCUGAUUUCCGUGUUAGCAAGUAACGAUGCGGGAUCCAGCGAGUCCUCUUCGGCGGUGACCUUGAAGACUGUGGCUUGUGCACCUGCAAGAGUGACCAUCCAAGAAGAAGCCCCUGGCCACCUGUCUGUGGCUUGGUCCAAUGUAGAUCUGGGUGAUUACUAUGUGGCUUUUGUGAAGAGUGAUGAUGGCUUGGAAGUCCACUGCAAUACGUCCCUCACACAGUGCAACUUCUUAUCCGAGUGUGGCUUUACGUACUUUAUUAGUGUCUUUGCCUAUAACAAGGCAGGGCAGAGUCCUUUGGGUGAUGUAUUCAAUUAUACCACAGCUCCCUGUUGCGCUAGUGACAUUAACCCUGUGUUAGUGUCCAGUGACAGAGUAGAGAUGGUCUGGUCUCCAGUCCGAGGUGCGGAACUCUAUGAAACCAAGGCCAGAGCUGGGUCCCGCGUGGUGGAAUGCAAUGACACCGCCCCUGCCUGCACGCUCUCGGCUCUGCAGUGUGACACCAAGUAUGACGUCACGGUGUAUUCCUUCAGUGAGAUCCGGGGCAGCAAUAUGUCCUGUGCACCCCAGUUGAUUACCACAGCUCCUUGUAGUCCUGAAAUAAAAAGUAUUUCCACGGAUGAAUUCUCUACAAUUAAUGUGCAAUGGCAAGCCACUAAUGAUGACGCCACAUACACCGUGACUGCCCAGGGGGAGAAGGGGUUGUACCAGUGCCGCAGCGCAGGACAGGCCUGUGCCAUGGGGGGUCUGCCCUGUGGCUCAGUGUUCUCUGUCACUGCUGUGGCUGAAACCCAGGCAGGAAAAAGCCCACCCAGCUACAGCGUCUCCCUGGAAACAGUACCAUGCUGCCCAGCUGGACUGAUGGUAACUCAGGUCACCCAAGCAAUAAUCAAUGUGAGCUGGAGUAUUGGGGCAGUGACCCAAACGUAUGUGACAGUUCUGGAAUCCCAUGCUGGACAAUCCAUGUGUCAAACCCAUCAGAACCAUUGUCUCCUGGGAUGCAUUACAUGUGGCAUCAACUACACGGUGGCACUAAAGGCUGUUAGUGCUACAGGGUUGACUUCAGAAUGUGCCUACCAAAGUUACUCUUCCAGUGUCUGCUGUCCUUUGGGGGUGAAGGUGUAUAGGUUGGGCUCUAAUGGCAUUCGGAUCUACUGGCAAGCUUCCCGGGGCUCUGCCAACUAUAGCGCUGACCUCUAUGGCUCCAAAGGCAUCUUCACGUGUGCCCCAAGUGCUGGCCUCAGUUUCUGUGAUGUCACUGAAAUUCCCUGUGGGGAUGUAUAUACCGUGAUGGUCUCACCAGUUGCUGAAACAGGACAGAAGCUUACUUUCUGUCCCAAAAAAAUAUAUUCAGUAACCUGCUCUGGAAGUACACUGGGAAUGGUGAUUUACAGAGGGAAGAGAAAUGCAGAAUAA